AUGACACUGGCGACGUGCGAUUCGGCAGCAAGCAUGAUCUCGUUCUCGGAGACGUUCCCACUUGUCACCACCCUGCUUACCCCGGAGACCUCGGUUUCGACAGGGGGCGACCUUUCUAUCAUUUCCACCACCACGAUCGAGACGAUGACGGCCUGGGCACCCAUGAUCCAGAUCAACUGGAGAUCUACAGACCUAGCCAACGAGGAGCCCAGCGACGAACAAAGCCACAAGCCGGUACCAAAGAACGGGAGGAACAUCAACUUAGAAUAUCACAACCGCUGCGUCAGGACCACGGGCCUUCCGCACUGGCUGAGCUGGAACAUCCAACGAAGCCCCUCGAGAUGGCUGGAACGCAAUGUGUUGCCGAAAUGGAGGCCACCGGCUCCGAAGGCGAUAUUGUAA